ACUAUCAAAGCACAUCAAACUCGGCGAAAUACAAAUAUUCUAGAACUCUAGAACUCUGCGAAAUUGCGAAGUGAUACUAACUUUUGAUUUGAAAUUCCGAAAUUUAACAGUGAAAUCCUUGUGUAUAAAGAACGUCGUUUCCAGAAUUGGACUAUAUUUCAAACAUGAAUUUUAAAAUAUUCUACGCACGAGCCUGCCUCACUUUUCUGCUCAUUUGUGUCGGCAAUUACAUUACCGUAGCGGAUGCCAAGCCUACUGUAACGUACUUAGACGGCUAUGUGGAUACGAUUGAGCGCGACUAUAUAGUGCCCUAUCAACAACCGAUUACCGACUAUCAUCUGAGUCGCUUGCGUCGUGGCUACUACUACGUCGAGGACGGUUAUAUAACUGCUAUUCCCGAGUCCCUCCUGUACGCAAAUAGACGUGUAGAUACCGUGUCAUCUAACGUCAAUAGCGCAACGCCGAAUGCUGCUAAAAACAAGCGUACGGACGGCAAGCGCAAGAAGUUAUUUGUGCCAAACUUAUUCGGUUGAGGAGGGAAUGAGUGGAAGCUGCAAAGAGAAAGAGGGAGCACUGCAAUAAAUUUGGUGGCUUAUUUUCUCGCCGAACUCUUUCACUUGGCACUUUGAGAUGAGAGACUGAAGUAUAUUCUAAAAGCUUUUUUAGUAUCAAAUAUUUUUUUAAUGUUCAAAUUUAUAUUUCGUUGUUGGACAAUGUUUAGUUUUAGAAGCUUA